GCUGUUUUCAAGACAACCCAGUUCCAAUGCUCCUUAUUAACCGAUGGGUGGCGCCAAACCACCCCCAUAAAGACUGGCCGUAGGCCGAAACCUUUUAAGAAACGCCCCGGUCUGGAUCGUAAACAACUGCACAGAUGCGACGCGAUGGCAUGCGCUCGAAACUGAUUUCAGAUCGGUGUUCAUUUCUCACACGAGGACACGGGGUCGCUUUUUUAGCAGCUCUGGGAACAGAUAUGGAAAAGUGGACUUCUGUGCAGAUGCGGACUGCUGAAACAUUACUAUAGAAACCAGAAUUAUGAAGAAGCCUGAAAUGAAGGAGACGAGGAAGAGAUGGAAGAGAUGAGCAGGAUUACUCACCCAGAAUCUUCAGAAGAGAUCAGACUUCACCUAAACAUCUCUGAUGAGAAUCAGAACAAGCUAAAAGAGACCGAGACUAUGGACUUCGACAAUGUUAAACACGACUUGGGGAAUGGGAACACACAAGCCUUAAUAAGCCAUAGUUGCUCUGUAGAUCAUGGCAGCCUCUCUGGAAUGGUGCCACCUGGGCCAAGUCCUUCUCUUCUGGCUUCGCUGCAGUCUCUUGUUGAAGAUAAUGAUCACAUGCUCCUCCCUCAUUCCUUACACAAGAUAGCAGAGGCCUAUUUCCUUGAAGAGGAUUAUCAUUGGGCAGCCGAGUUUCUCACUCUGGAGAGGCUCUACCAUGAGAGACUUGUGUCUAAUCUUGCCUCCAUACAGGAGCAAUGGGUAACCCAGUGGAACGCCAGCUUUCAAACCAAAAGUGACUCUCCUGUAAGUGAGACAGAGAAAGCACAUUUGGAUUCAUUGAGUCACAUCUGUAAGACACAUCAGAGACCAAACCUCCUUACAGAAAAGAACAGCUUGUUGUUGCAGAACACAAAUGACACAAAGCUACAAAGCAGCCCAGCCCAUGUAAUAUACCAAAGAGGCUCUGAACAAGAGAAUACUUUAGUGAACUCAACUGUUAAAGAAAACCGGGCGGGUGACAACACACGGCGAGAAGCUGAACAGGAGCCAGAUGAGGGGGAGGGGCUGGAGGAAGACUUUGAGGAAGAUGAGUACUGGAAUGAGGAACUUCAGGAAGAGACUGCCAUGGAUGGCCAAGUUCCUGUGGAUGAGCUGGCCAAACUCAUUCAGAUAGAGGAGAUGUUUCCUUCAAAUGGCUUAGUCUCUAUUUUAAAGAAGAGAGCUUGCGUCAAGGGAACAGAAAGUCUCGAUCCACAAAAAACCUCCAAACGCAAAGUUCGCUUCAGGGAGCCAGACGACGCUUUUGAUCAAGGUAAACCAGAGCUGAAGAGUGUGGAGGUUAUUGUAGCAGAUGUAGCCGAGCCGGAGUCGCUGGCCAUCAUGUGCAAACAAGGUGUCAUUGUGCUCAACUGCGUGGGACCAUAUAGAUUUUAUGGAGAGCCCGUGGUGAAGGCCUGUUUAGAAAAUGGGGCCCACUGCAUUGACAUUUGUGGAGAGCCACAGUUUUUAGAGGGGAUACAGCUGAACUAUCACUCUGCAGCUCAGGAGAAUGGCGUGUAUAUCAUCGGAAGUUGUGGAUUUGAUUCCGUCCCAGCAGAUAUGGGCAUCCUCUACACACGGGAUCAAUUCAAAGGAACGCUCACUGCCGUGGAGAGCUUUUUGACUGUAAGCACAGGUCCCGAGGGAGGAUGUGGCCACGAUGCAACGUGGAGGUCAGCCAUCUUUGGCUUUGCCGACAGCUCCAAUCUCAGAAGAAUAAGGAAGAAGUUUGGGUAUAAACCACUCCCUGUCGCCGGCGCUAGAGUUAAAAAGAGGGGAGCUGUUUUCUUCAGUAAGGAGAUAGAGCAGUAUGCUAUUCCCUUCAUGGGCUCAGAUCCCUCUGUGGUGCGGCGGACUCAACGCUACCUGUACGAGGAACACAAAAACUACCCUGUCCAGUACAUGGCAUAUGUAGGAAUUGGUGAUGUUUUCUCCUUGGCUAAGACCCUGUUUGCAGGUGUGGUCUUCUGGUUCAUGGUCAAAUUUGGUCUUGGAAGGAGACUGCUCACUCAGUUUCCCAAAUUAUUCUCUUUCGGAAUGUUCUCCAAAUCUGGACCUUCAAAGACACAGAUGAAAGACACAUCUUUCUGCAUGAGCUUCAUUGGGGAAGGCUACACAACAGGUCAUGACCCCUCUCAGGGCAAACCAAAUGCCAGGAUCAGCACAGAAAUAACUGGACCAGAACUUGGAUACAUCGCCACACCAAUUACUAUGGUACAGGCAGCUAUUACACUGCUCAAUGAGCCACACAGUCUCCCUAAACAGGGGGGUGUGUACACUCCAGGAUCAGCGUUCGCAAAGACCACCUUAAUCGACCGUCUUAACAAACACGGAAUAAUGUUCACCGUGCAGGACGAACAUUAGCCGAGUACAUUCUGACUUUCUCCAUUAGAUUGGCGUUGUCUUGCCGAUUUUAUAGCUAUCUAAAUUAAGAAAUGGUGUUUUGUAUUGUAUUGAUUUUAGCCAAACAUAUAAUCUGUUUCUGUGAAUUAUAGGCCUAUUUCUGAAGCCAUUUUAAAGCCAUUUAUUGAAGUGUAUAUAUAUACACUCACCUAAGGAUUAUUAGGAACACCUGUUCAAUUUCUCAUUAAUGCAAUUAUGGUGGUGGUGUAACGGUGUGGGGGAUGUUUUCUUGGCACACUUUAGGCCCCCUUAGUGCCAAUUGGGCAUCGUUUAAAUGCCACGGCCUACCUGAGCAUUGUUUCUGACCAUGUCCAUCCCUUUAUGACCACCAUUUACCCAUCCUCUGAUGGCUACUUCCAGCAGGAUAAUGCACCAUGUCACAAAGCUCAAAUCACUUCAAAUUGGUUUCUUGAACAUGACAAUGAGUUCAAUGUACUAAAAUGGCCCCCACAGUCACCAGAUCUCAACCCAAUAGAGCAUCUUUGGGAUGUCGUGGAACGGGAGCUUCGUGCAUCCCACAAAUCUCCAUCAACUGCAAGAUGCUAUCCUAUCAAUAUGGGGCAACAUUUAAAGAAUGCUUUCAGCACCUUGUUGAAUCAAUGCCACGUAGAAUUAAGGCAGUUCUGAAGGCGAAAGGGGGUCAAACACAGUAUUAGUAUGGUGUUCCUAAUAAUCCUUUAGGUAAGUGUAUAUAUACACACACGUAUACUGUAUAUAGUAUAUAUUUAUAUAUGUGCCUUUUUGUGGAGUGACACAAAUGGCUUAUUAAGUUAUUAAAUAUAAGAAGUUAUUACUAUUCAA